AUGGCCAUUUUCAAGGCCUCUUCUGUCCUUUCAUUAGACCUUCCCAAGUAUACGGGUCUGAAGACUGCCCAGAAUCAUAGUAUCCUCACCGUCACCUUCCACAACCCGUCUUCACCUGUCAAUCUUUGGAACGAAGACACUCAAAACGACCUGAUUGAUUUGGUCUCUCGACUCCAACAUGACAACGAAACCAAGGUUGUCGUAUUUAACACUGAUUUUGUUGUAUCAUUCGCAACUUUGAUGUACAACGUAUCGAGGCUGCCGCAGGUCACCAUUGGCGCAGUCGAGGGUCGAGCACGAGGUGCUGGAAAUGAGUUCCUCGUCGCCUUGGACAUGCGAUUCGCAACUAAAAAUGACACCUUAUUUGGUCAACCUGAAGUUGGCAGCGGCUUAUUUCCCGGAGGGGGAGGCAGUCAAUUUCUUACGAAUCUGAUCGGUAGAGGGCGUGCGAUGGAAUACAUCCUCAGCUCCAACGACAUCACUGCUACUGAAGCUGCCGAGAUUGGUUGGAUCAACAAGGCCUUUGACACAUCCAACGAUCUGUACGACUAUGUGGAUAAGCUCGCGCAGAGACUAGCCUUGUUUCCCCUCUCAGCUCUUGCUGGUGGUAAGAAGACUGUUAACCGAGCAUCGCCAUCGCUUGAGCAUGUUGUUGCGGAUGCCAAGGAUUUCUUCAAGCAGUAA